AUGAAUCAAGAACAAUCUAUUCUAACUUCAUUUGACAAGCCUUUCGAGAAAUUUGAAGGUGAUUAUCGGGUUCGCUUGAAUGCUUCGGUUGAUGUGAUAAGGUAUCUUUUAAGAGAAGGAAUGCCUUUCCGGGGUCACAAUAAGUGUGUAACUUCUACAAGAAGGGGUCAUUUUCUAGAUCUCUUAAAGUGGUAUGCAGAUAAGAAGGAAGAUGUGAAAAAUGUGGUACUAGAAAAAGCUCCAAAAAAUAACACCACAACUUCUCCAGAUAUCCAAAAAGACAUUGUGAAUUCUUGUGCAAAAGAAACAGUGAAUGCAAUUAUUGAAGAUUUGAACGAAGAUUACUUUGGGAUAUUGGUUGAUGAGUCUAAGGAUGUUUCUCAUAAGGAACAAAUUGCUCUUGUCUUGAGAUAUGUAAACAAGGAGGGUAAAGUUAUUGAGCGAUUUCUUGGUCUUGUUCAAGUGAAAGAUACAUCUGCAAAGUCAUUGAAAGAAGCGAUCUAUUCUUUGCUUUUAGACCAUUCUUUGAGUCGAUCUCAAAUACGGGGACAAGGUUAUGAUGGAGCUAAUAACAUGCAAGGAGAAAUUAAUGGUCUUAAAACUCUGAUUCUGAAAGAUAAUUCUUCGGCAUAUUGCUGUAGGGAGAUGCUUCGAGAUGAUCAAGCUGAAAAAUUAGAGGAAUUACUAGUGCUCGGUGAAGUUCAUACGGGAAGUGGAUUAAAUCAAGAACUUGGACUUCAAAGGCCUGGUGAUACCUGUUGGGGAUCUCAUUUUAAGACGGUACGUAACUUCAUUUCCUUAUUCUCAUCAAUUGUGCAUGUACUUGGAGUUCUUACAAAUGAGGGUGCAAAUUAUCAUGAGAAAGCAAUGGCAAAAAGUCUAGUGGAAGACAUUAGAUCUUAUGAGUUUAUCGACAUGUUGCAUUUGAUGUUGAAAAUUUUGGUGAUUACAUAUGAUUUGAAUAUGGCUUUGCAACGAAAAGAUCAAGAUAUUGUUAGUGCUAUUAAGCUUGUUGAUUUCACAAAAAGAAAAUUGCAAUCGAUGAGGGAAUCUAAAUGGAAUUCUUUUGAUAGAAGACGUCUCCUUAUUUUGUGA